AUGAUUCGAAAGAGGUUGGAAAAUGACAACUCUACACUGUCGAAAAGGGCCAAGAGCGACGAGGACACCCAACAAGCAAAGACGUACUACGCCAUCGAUUCUAUUCCCUUGAGAUCGACAGUUAGUCAGCCCUCAAACAGGGUUUCUGUGUCGGCGCCAUGCAGCACACGAAAGAAUCUGUCAGGGCCUCCACGACCGAUUGGCAUCACCACAUCCUCCUCUGCGUCCAAUACAUCCAAUAAUACAUCCUUCUCCUCGGCAUCGGGGUUCGAUUCACCACUCUAUGACAGCAGCUCCGACUACUUCACCAGUCCAGAGUCGCCAGCCGAAUCAGAAACGGAGGUGGCGGGUGCGAAUAUCCCCCUCCAAACGUUGAAGAGGAGACUUGAAAAGGUUUGGCCGAAGUUUUCUUAUGACGACUACUUGGACUUCGCCGGGGCACCACUUGCCGUAACUUGGGAGAUAACUCGCAUAGCUCUCGAGUGUGGCGUAGAAUUGGCUGACUGCAAGGUGGGAUACAAAAAUUCACCUCAAUGGAACAACCGGGACCUACUUCACAGUACGCUUUCACGACUACCGGAAUUCCAAAACAAGACCAUGCCGCAGCUCAGUAGUCGUGAGGCUUGGAACCUGGCCCUGCAUGAGUUUCAGUCAACUCAGGCAGUGAAUUUAUCUGCGGAGCUCAAGUUGAAUGACAGCUCAACUGGUCCGCUGUUCUCACUCAAACUUUUGCCGUUGCAUCUCGAAAAAAGCAAUCGCCUGAGUCGUCGGUUCGGAGCUGAUCGGUUUCUGAAAAUAGUAAUGCCAUAUCCCAAAGACCUGAAAAAAGUCACAGGAAUCCAAGAUGACGGCCUCUUGGCAUAUAAAAUGGCCAAGUGGCUCACCGGCAACCAUUAUUUCCUGGGACGCGUGUGGACUGCGUUCUACUGCGCGCCGGAAAAACACAAGAAGAACAAGAAACAGAAGAAACAGGAUGACCAAAAUGCGCAAAAUGCGCCAAAAGUAUCACAUAUCAAGGUAUACUUAUUCGCCUCGGGGGGAGAUAGUUUCCAGGGAAACCGUAAUGGUUCAUUGGCAUCAGCUGAGGAGGCCAGGACGCCGGUUACGAGAACUCCAAUGAAAAUUCAUCAAUUGUUGGACUGGGCACUUGGGGGACUCGGCAAGGCAGACCAACAAGUCCCCAAGCUGUUUUCGAGGAUUGCCCUAAGCCUCACCGAUACGACUCCCUCUGUGGUCCUCGAAAACCACCAAAUUCACCACGCAGACAAAGACAUCGGUAGUCAUGGCGUAAUGAACGACGGGAUAGGCAGGAUGUCAAAAGCGCUCGCAGCGAAAAUCGCCUUCAAGCUGGGUCUCACCGAGGUUCCGAGUGCUUUCCAGGCACGGCUGGGCAGUGCUAAAGGAAUGUGGAUUGCUGAUAGCGAUCCGAAACUCGGGGACGGUGACUGGAUUGUGACCUAUCCAUCUCAAAGAAAAUGGGACUGUGACGAUGAGGACAGCCACCACCGCACCUUUGAAGUAAAAGAGUGGUCAAGAGAGCCAUCGUCUGCUUUUCUGAACGAACAGCUCAUAACGGUCCUCGAAGCCCAAGCUAUCAACCCAGGCAGGAUGCGAGAGCUCAUCACGGACUAUUUACGCAGCGAGCUGAGAGAAGCCCUUGCUGCGCAAAAGACAGCGAUGGAAGACCGUGCCGAGUUGAGACUUUGGUUACAGCAAGGUGGCGGGACAAAUCCUCGAGGGCUCGAUAACAGGAUCAUCUUUGUGGGCGGACUUCCGCAAGGCUUCGAGAAUCGGAUUGCGUUACUGUUGGAUUCCGGUUUCCAUCUGAGGAGCUGCAAGUUUUUACAGAGACUCUUUUGGCACGUUGUCAGUCAUCGGGGUAAGGCCCUGAAAGACAAGAUAAGAAUUAGCGUGCCUUGUUCUGUCAACCUCCUGAUGGUUGUCGACUUCUCGUCAGUACUAGAAGAGGGUGAAGUUCACGUAUCCUUUUCCACCAAGUUUCGAGCAGCAGAUGCGUCGUUCUGCGACACACUUCUAGAAGGGAUGGAUGUACUCGUAGCCAGAGCGCCAAGCCACUUGCCCAACGACAUACAACGGGUAAAGGUUGUCUCGAAACCCGAACUGAGACAUUUGAAGGACGUCAUUGUCUUCUCGACAAAGGGCCAGUCCUCCCUUGCCGACAAGCUGUCUGGCGGGGAUUAUGACGGAGAUCGAGCCUGGGUCUGCUGGGAUCAAAACAUUGUCCAAAACUUUCGCAAUGCACCUCCGCUAAGCGACGACACGGAUCCCGACAAGAAUGGUUCUAUAAAAAGGCUCGACCGGCCCAUGGCUCAACUUCGCCAAGAGGAGACCACCGCGGAGGACGUGUGCGCCAAGUUCCUUCGCGAGUCGUUCUGCUUCAACAUGCAGCCGUCUCUUCUCGGAAUAUGCACCACCUUCAAGGACAGCUAUGCCAAGUCUACUAGGGACAUCUCGAGCAACCAAAUUGUCACCCUGAGUAGGCUGUUGGGAUGUCUGGUCGACCAGCCGAAACAGGGAUACAUUUUUACACACUCGGAUUGGGCUCGUUUCCGAAAGGACCUGAAAAUUCAGCUGAACUUGCAAUUUGCUUCGAAACAAUCGAAGCCACAUAUUAGCGACUACUUGAAGCAGGUUGCGUGCAAAACUGUUGACGACACCCUUGCAGAGUUGCACAGACUUCUCGAGAGCUACGACGCCCACGAUUACGACGAGCACCUGACCAAUCUGUACAAGUUCUUUAGUGAAGAAUACAAAGGAAACAAGACGUGGGAAAACGUCAAGAAGGCGCUGGCGGCGGAUAUCGAGUCGGUUUCUAAGCUAUGGAGUACAAGCUGCACAGCGGUAAACGACAGAGACUACGAUGCCAUCACCGGGUCUGUCUACGGGCAGUGGCGUCAGAUUCAGCCGCUAGCGACCGAAAUGUGCUCCGACCUGGUCCGGCAUCUUCUCCAGCCAUACAUGGCGGAUCGCCAGUCGACCCUUUGGGAACUCCUCAAAGCCUCUUGUGCAUUUUCCAAAUCCUACCUCUACCCCGCCAAGGCCGACUUCGUGUGGCGAAUGGCGGGCCGACAGCUUGCUUUGCUCAAGUCAACCAUGUCUCACAGCGACCCGACGACCUCUUGCGCCCUGGUGGUGCCGGAGCUUUACAGCGCCCUCAGGCCAGAUAGGAAACUCAUCGCGGCAAGGCGAGCGCGACGGUUGGCAGAAGGAGAGGGCGCGUGCCACCUCAGCGCCGCAGACUUGGAGAUGCUACAGGUUGAACACGACACGGACAUGGAUGAAGAAGCGGGUUACUGA